AAUAAGGGAAGCGGAAAGAAGGGGGAUGCUGACAACCCAAAGUCAGCCCCUGGGCCUCAAAAGCCGCCAACAGGAACCGGCAGUGGAAGUAACCCGAAGCCCAAGACGAAGAAGUGUCAGGUUUUUCCGAAGCAAGCAACGCAGAGAUUGGGGGGCGGUAAGAACACACUUCGACUUGUGGGAUCCCAACGACGUCAUGACAGCAACGCACCUGGUUGUGACAACGUUGACAUACGUGCCCAACGCAGCUGCAACACACUACACAGACACAUGCGAGCUGGGCUGGAGCCAGGCUUGCUACCACUACAGUUCUGCACGAAGCAACAACCCGCAUUGGUCGACCUUGGACUGUCCACAGGCAGCAGCCACGAAUAACUAUCGGAACGAUGCAGCUGCAACGGCAACUUGGAACCUGGAGCAUAAGGGAAGUGAGUGGACUGAUACAGCUAACUACAAGGUCGCCUGCGAUAGAGGUGAGUUUCCGCCAACAUAUCUGCUUGCCGAGACCGAUGGCGCAUUCACUGAGGCUGGUAAAAGUUGA